ACUCACCACAAUAACAUCAAACACUCACAUUCUCUCUUCUCUCUCUGGGUUUUCUUUUCUUUUCUUAUCUUGUUCACAUUCUCGAGAUUUGAGUCUGGAGGGACAACAAAACCAUAAACCACUACUGUUUAGAGUUUGAACAAAGCAGAAACCUUUAACCACAUUUCUCUCAUUUCGUUUCAUUUCAUCGUUGAGUUUCUUCUUUGUCUUUUGAGUUCUGAGACAAAGAAAGCUUAGAGAAAGUUCAUUUGAGUCAUCUGAUGAAGGAUAGAGGAGGCUCUCUUGGUGGAGAGACCAAGAGAGAGCCUGCCCACUGAUCACACCUACAACAAAGAAGAAGAAGACGAAGAACACCAGCUAUUCCUAUAACUUUAGCUUAGCUUAAUUCUCACAAAAGCACCUUUCUUUCUUCACCCAUUGUUUGUUUCUAUCCUUAAACAGUUAGCUCUUGGCCCUUUUAACAGUUCAAAACACCAUCUGUAUCUCUGUGUUUCUCCAUCUUGGCUUAGAUUUGGUGUGCUUCAAUUUGCAUGGCACUUGUUAUGGACAAAGAGAAACACAACCAAAUGGAUUCAAGCAAGUAUGUGAGGUACACACCAGAGCAAGUUGAGGCCUUGGAGAGGGUCUACUCUGAAUGCCCAAAGCCUAGUUCUUUGAGAAGGCAGCAGCUCAUUAGGGAGUGUCCUAUUCUCUCUAACAUUGAGCCCAAACAGAUCAAAGUCUGGUUCCAGAAUCGAAGAUGCCGGGAAAAGCAGAGGAAGGAAUCCUCUCGACUCACAACAGUGAAUAGAAAGCUGUCAGCCAUGAAUAAGCUGUUAAUGGAAGAAAAUGACCGCCUGCAGAAGCAAGUCUCUCAUUUGGUUUAUGAGAAUGGAUUCAUGAAACAGCAACUGCAUACCGCAUCUGGAACGACCACAGAUAAUAGCUGCGAAUCUGUGGUCAUGAAUGGUCAGCAUCAACAACAGCACAACCCAACUCCCCAGCAUCCUCAAAGGGAUGCUAACAACCCAGCUGGUCUUCUAGCAAUUGCGGAGGAGACCUUGGCAGAGUUCCUAUCUAAGGCUACUGGAACUGCUGUCGACUGGGUCCAGAUGAUUGGGAUGAAGCCUGGUCCGGAUUCUAUUGGAAUCGUCGCUGUUUCCCGCAACUCCAGUGGAGUAGCAGCACGAGCUUGUGGUCUUGUGAGCCUAGAGCCCACAAAGGUCGCCGAAGUACUCAAAGAUCGUCCAUCGUGGUUUCGGGAUUGCCGAUGCCUUGACGUACUGAGUAUAAUUCCUGCAGGAAAUGGUGGAACAAUUGAGCUCUUAUACAUGCAGACUUAUGCACCAACAACAUUAGCUGCGGCUCGUGACUUUUGGACGCUAAGAUAUACUACAACAUUGGAAGAUGGUAGUCUUGUGGUAUGUGAGAGGUCAUUGACUUCUUCUACAGGUGGCCCGGUUGGGCCGCCAUCUGCAAGUUUUGUCAGAGCUGAGAUGCUUCCCAGUGGAUUUCUUAUCCGUCCGUGUGAGGGUGGUGGCUCCAUCAUUCACAUCGUUGAUCAUGUCGAUUUAGAUGCCUGGAGCGUUCCUGAAGUUCUCAGGUCACUUUAUGAAUCAUCCAAAAUCAUUGCUCAAAAAAUAACUGUUGCAGCCUUGCGUCACAUAAGGCAAAUUGCCCAAGAAGCCAGUGGAGAAGUUCAGUAUGCUGGAGGUCGCCAGCCUGCUGUAUUGAGAACUUUUAGUCAAAGGCUGUGCAGAGGCUUUAAUGAUGCUGUUAACGGGUUUGCGGAUGAUGGUUGGUCCCUUUUGGGUAGUGAUGGUGCCGAGGAUGUGACAAUUUCCAUAAAUUCAUCUCCAAACAAGUUUCUUGGCUCUCAGUAUAAUGCAUCCAUUUUCCCAUCUUUCGGAGGUGGGGUGCUGUGUGCCAAGGCAUCAAUGUUGCUGCAGAGUGUUCCUCCUGCUUUGCUUGUUCGUUUUCUUAGGGAGCACCGAUCAGAGUGGGCUGACUAUGGGGUUGAUGCAUACUCUGCUGCAAGUCUUAGAUCUAGCCCUUAUGCAGUUCCCUGUGCAAGACCUGGUGGCUUUCCAAGCAGCCAGGUUAUUUUACCUCUUGCACCCACUGUGGAGAAUGAGGAGUUCUUAGAGGUUGUUCGGUUAGAGGGUCAUGCAUACUCUCCUGAAGAUGUUGCUUUGGCGCGAGAUAUGUUCUUAUUGCAGUUGUGCAGCGGAGUUGAUGAAAAUGCAGUUGGUGCUUGCGCUCAACUUGUGUUUGCACCUAUAGAUGAAUCAUUUGCCGAUGACGCUCCUUUGUUGCCAUCUGGUUUUCAUGUCAUACCAUUGGAUGCCAAAACAGAUGGACCAACUGCAAAUCGCACAUUGGAUUUGGCCUCUACACUAGAAGUAGGAGCCAGCAAUGCUCGCCGAGUUAAUGAGGGUGAUGCAAAUAGUUACAACCUUAGGUCAGUUCUGACCAUAGCCUUCCAAUUUACAUUUGAGAAUCACAUGCGCGACAGUGUAGCAGCUAUGGCUCGCCAGUAUGUGCGUGGUGUUGUAAGCUCUGUUCAAAGGGUAGCUAUGGCAAUUGCCCCUUGCCAUCUCAGCUCCCAAAUGGGACCAAAAUCCCUUCCUGGUUCUCCUGAGGCUCAUACUUUGGCUCGUUGGAUUUUCCGAAGCUACAGAAUCCACACUGGGGCAGAGCUCUUUCGACUCGAGUCCCCGUCUGGUGAUGCUGUUCUGAAGCAGCUUUGGAACCAUCCAGAUGCAAUCAUGUGUUGCUCUGUGAAAACAAAUGCAUCCCCGGUGUUCACUUUUGCAAACCAGGCUGGACUUGACAUGCUGGAAACAACUCUUGUGGCUCUCCAAGACAUCGUGCUUGACAAGAUUCUGGAUGAAGGUGGACGUAAAGUUCUCUGCUCGGAAUUCUCCAAAAUCAUGCACCAGGGGUUUGCAUAUCUGCCAGCAGGAAUAUGUGCUUCAAGCAUGGGAAGGCCGGUAUCUUAUGAGCAGGCUGUUGCAUGGAAAGUUGUUAAUGAUGAUGAUUCCAACCAUUGCCUGGCGCUCAUGUUUACAAACUGGUCUUUCAUGUGAUGGAGAAUCGAUCCCAAUAAUACUUAAGCUAUCUACUAAGUUAUUUAGUUAAUUCUAAGAGUACUUUAGACAUGUAUCUUAAUGUAAUGUUAGCCAGUAGCAGCAGAAUUUCAUUGGAGAAUCUCAUGUCUCCACUAUGGAUGCUAAUAAUUUGGCUGAAUGGAUAUGAGUAUGGUUAGUAUGAAA